CUCGCUCUACAGCGAGAUCUACAGCACUGAGAUACAGCCAUGACUCCUGCAGUAGCCUCAGCUAUGACCAUCUCAAAGGAGCACCUGCCUCUCAACAACAAGCUGAGAAAGCCAGUGGUGGAGAAGAUGCGCAGAGAUCGUAUCAACAGCAGCAUCGAGCAGCUCAAGACUCUCCUGACUCCAGAGUUCCUCAACCAGCAGCCCGACUCCAAGCUGGAGAAAGCAGACAUCCUGGAGAUGACGAUCAGCUUCCUGAGAAGACAGCAGCAGAAACAGCCUGCUAUCUCCACCAUUUCAACAGCUGUCAGUCAAGGCUUCUCCAGAUGUAUCAGUGAGGUUGUGCACUUCCUGUCCAAAGAUGAGGUGAAGACACAGUCUCAGAGAAAACUGCUGAACCACUUCCAGAACCUGCAGCCAUCAACAGAAGAGAAACGGAGGGAAAGUGAUCUCCCUCUGCUGAGCUCCACAGAUCAACUGACCAUGAGUGGGAAGUGUUCAGCCAAGAGUGCCCUCUGGAGGCCCUGGUAGUGUCUGGAAACCAGAAAGUGAAAGACCUACACUUCCCAACCCUCCAAAGUCUAUAUUAGACAUGAUCAACACAUGAUUUUUUUUCAUGAAGUUGAACUUGUAGGUGCUGUUUUCCAUUUUAGGAAACUUUGAUUGUAUUGUAAAAUACUUUGGAAGACCCUUUAACUUCUUAGGUCUCAAGUGUCAAGUCUGUGUUAGACUUUACUUCUGAAUCAGCCUGAUUUUACAAAAUAUUUGAGCAUGUUUUGCCCAGGUUUGGUCCAAUUUUAAGGACUGCGUUUAGAAACGUAUUACAUAAUGUUUGAAGUAUGCUAAUUUAAUGCCUUCUAUGAAAGUUGUCUCAUUAAGAGAGGAUCAUUGAUCCUUAUCUCCCACAUUUCAGUUUCUUUGAAAUGUCAUUUUUGACCAUUGACAGUUUAUUGACACGAUAAACACUGUUGAUUUAUUCUUUCUCAUUUAUUUUUGAGACUUGUGAGUGGAAUUAAUGUUUGUGCUUUAUAAGUGCAUCUGUUGGAUUAUAAUUACAAAUUUAUACCUUAAUGAAGGUUUAUUUUUAUGUAUAUUUUAUUGUUGUUUGUGUAACACAUUCUGGCAUUAACAGUAUCUGUUUAGAUGUUUUGUAAUCACUUGCUGUUUUCUUUCGAGAAAUGCUGUAUCUGCAUUUGGCAGAUUUCACCUGGUGGACUUGUGUCUUUUGUAAAGACUGUUAAAGCUGUUGAAACUCUGCUCUGUUAUAAGUGCCACAUGUCUUGAAGAAUCCUUCAAGCAACUGUUGUGAUAUGUUAUCACUCAAUCGCUUUGUUGCCUCUGGUAACAACAGAAUAAAACAUAUGAAAAGAA